GAUAUAGAGACCUACCCUAAGUCAGACACAAACAUGCAAAUCUUCGUCAAGACAUUGACUGAGGUCGAAUCAUCUGAUACGAUUGACAACGUCAAGGCAAAGAUCCAGGAUAAGGAGGGCAUCCCACCUGACCAACAGCGCCUCAUCUUUGCCGGCAAGCAACUCGAGGUGGCAUGCAGAUCUUUGUCAAGACCUUGACGGGCAAGACGAUCACGCUCGAAGUCGAAUCAUCUGAUACAAUUGACAACGUCAAGGCAAAGAUCCAGGAUAAGGAGGGCAUCCCACCUGACCAACAGCGCCUCAUCUU